AUGUUGGUGCUCAACAAAUCCUCGACUUGUGAUGUCUGUAUGGAAGGCUACAUGACUGGCAGGAAUUCACCGCACUCGAUACCUUGUGGACACGUAUUCUGCCAGAAGUGUCUCGGUCAUCUUUUGCGCCACACAUGUCCCCUUUGUCGGACUCGAUUUUCCCCUCAGGACGUCCGCAGGCUUCACGUUGAUGAUAUGCAGCCGCCUAUGAUUAUGACCGCCUCCAUAGGAGAAGUCCCUAAAACCCCUAUUCUCCACCCCUGA